UCAUCAUCGCAAUGUCAGCAAUGGCUGCGCUGUAGUUCGCUUGUUCCAGUCGUUCCAGUUUCAUCUGACGCCGUACUAGCCGUACUAUUGGGGAUAUCCUAAUUUAUAUUCUUAGCAGUGAACUUCUUACUGUUCGCAACUUGGUAACGGAACCGGAGGACAAACUCGGCGAUGCAUUCCAGCAACAACGUCAGCGAUCCACGUCGGACAGAUAGGAUUAACAGGUAUAAGGCACCUGCAGCUGGCACACCAGGAGAUGACCCCACGCCAGAUUACAUGAAUGUCCUCUCCAUGAUAUUCAGCAUGUGCGGUCUCAUGCUGAAGCUCAAGUGGUGUGCCUGGGUCGCCCUCUACUGUUCCAGCAUCAGCUUUGCCAAUUCAAGGAUAAACGACGACACCAAGCAGAUACUGAGCAGCUUCAUGUUGUCAAUUUCUGCCGUGGUCAUGACGUACCUGCAGAACCCUCAGCCCAUGACACUACCGUGGUCAUCGUGACAACAGCGCCAGCCCCACCUGCACGCACAGUCUUUUUGACUGCCCGGUCAGGAAGAAGCCACCGUGCCAGUCGAAGCAGCUGCGCCAUAGGACCGGCACAAGAGACCUGCCCUCGGAUGCAGCUUGAAUGGCGUGAAAGACCGGUCUAGCCAAGGAGGCCUUCCACACUCCGAAACACUUCAGGGUUUCACAUCGAGAAAGUGCCAAUAAGUUUGACACGAAGACAGGCAUCUUGCUACUUCAUUUGUUUUGGUGUAGAGGUGAAAGAGAAAGGCAAAAUAAGAACAGUCAUAUUGCAU